GAAUACUAUCAUGGAAAGGGAAAUAUUGAUUGAAGUCACGAGAGAAGGAUGAGGGUUUCCGCAUGGUAGUAGCGUUAGUGGCGCAGGAAAAUAAAACCUAAUUUACCAAAUUCAGACACAGAGAUUCUCAUUCCUCAAGAUCUUCUUAUGUGUUGUCUCUAAUUAAUCCUCAAAUUUCUUCUCUUUUUUUCUCUCUCUUCGUUCCCAAAUUACUACAAUGUGCUCCAUUUUCUCACUCCACCCAACCCAUGUCUGAGGAUAUUGCUAACAUGAAGGACUCUUGGUUUUUCGACAAUAACUUCAACGGUCUGUCAGAUGAUAUUUUUGAUGAUGUCGUGGGCUUUUUUGAUUUCCCACUGGAAGAAGUAGAAGAUGACUGGGAUUCUCAAUUUAAAUGUCUUGAAGACCAACAUUCUGAGGUUUUUUCAGCAUCAUCAAAUGGGCUGUGUGCCAAACCACAAACUGAAAACCCUCAAUUUGGGACGGAGUUCUCUGUUUCUUGUAAUGGGAUUUCCCCAAUCAAACAGCUGGCAAAGGCUCCUGGACCAACAUAUGGAAAAACCAUUCCCCUCAAGAAUGUCACUUUCAAUGGAAAAGAUUUGCAUCAAUUCCGAACCUACAGCCCAGUUUCAGUUUUUGAAAGCAGCAGUUCUUCCUCUGUUGAGAAUUUGAGCUUUGAUCGACCUGUCAUUCCGGUAAAGCGUGCUCGAAGUAAACGGCAGCGCCGAUCAAGCUUCAGUCCUCUAUUUUCCAUUCCUUUCGUCCAGGCUUUGCAAAAACAGCAGAGGGCAUCAGGUUCUGAAUCAGAUUUUGGAGCAAAUGUUGUUGGGAAUAUGUCUAACAAAGUAAAAAGCCACAAGAAAAAGGAUUUGUCCCUGCUAUCGGAAGAUGUUGAGAUGAUGAGAUCCUCACAUCUGGUGUCAGAUCCCCCAAGGAAAUGCAUGCAUUGUGAGGUGACAAAGACCCCACAAUGGAGAGAGGGACCUAUGGGUCCCAAAACACUUUGCAAUGCUUGCGGUGUUCGGUACAGGUCCGGCCGCCUCUUUCCCGAAUACCGGCCGGCAGCUAGUCCAACUUUUGUUGCAUCAUUGCACUCAAACUGUCACAAGAAGGUCGUGGAGAUGAGAAGCAAAGUGCAGGAGGGUGUUGAGGGUUCUGUGUUUGCUUCAUCAAAUCUCCAUGGAAAUUCUGUAGGAUAAAUUUUAUGUUGGAUUGAUUAUACUGAGGAAGAAACGUAGUCCUGAACAGGAUCCUCCUUGUUUGUUGUUUUCAUUAUAGUCUAAUGUUAUAUUGCUUAGCUUCAUUUGUUUAAUUAAUGUAAAUUGAUUGGUGAAAAUAAAAGGUAGUAGCAGGUUAGUGCUUCGCGAGAAAUUCGGAGAACAUGGUGUUGGAAGCUUGAGAGGUUGAGAAUGGUAUAAUGUAGUUUUCAUUGUGGUGGUUGAUGAAGCAGCCAGCGAUUUUCUAACUGGAUGCCAUGCAUGGCUGUGGGGUAAAGAGUUACAAAGUAGGUGCAAGAAUCUUUGCCA